UGGCCCAAGCGCAGAGUGCUGCCGCCCAGCCUUCGGGAGUACUCCUGUGGGGCGGUUGAGAAGCACCUCGUUGAUGGGCCCUGAUGGCACAGCGAAGGCGGGGACGCCGUGGCAGCCACCUUCUCCUCGGCCUGGUCGGGGUCUUGGGCGCGAUGCGGCUGAUGGCUGAGAGGAUGGAUGUCGGCUUUGCGGGGUGGAGGAUGGAUCCGGUUGGUCUUGGUCCUGGAGCGCUCCCGAGACUGAGAAGGAGGACGGGCGGUUCGCUGGUGCCACAUGCUGUGACGGCAAAGACUGUUGCAGUGAGCCCGGAAGACCGCGACGCGGCCUUCAUGGAGCGUUUGCGCUGCCUGGCGCGGGAGGCGCUCAGCUGGGCUUGGCUCACUCCGCAACAACGGCUGGUGUGGGCCGCGGCCAUCGAGCUGGAUGCCGUACCUUUGCAGGAGCUUCCACCGUGGUUUUGGGAGCGGCAGAACGUAACUCUUAGGCAUCCAAGCAGGGAUGCUGAAGUCGAAGGCAAGCAUUCUGCCCAGGUUAUCAUCGACCAGCAUUUUCCCAAAAAGCAUAGAGCAAAGACCACGCGACCAACUUUCAAC